AUGUUAAUUUUUCUCUUCCAUUUAGUACACUCGUAAUUCAUACAGGAUGGAAUAAGAAUUAUAGAAAAAGGAAUGAAAUUAUCCCUUGACAAUUAUCUAGUUAACUAGAAUUGUCCAGCAAGUCUGAACAUCUUUUGUAAUAAUCCAUUUCCAUCACUUUCAAUUCAGGAAUAAGAAACUUUAAAUUUUGUCUAACUUCAAGUUUAAUAAUUUCUAGAAUCAUUAGAGCCUAAAUAAAAUAAACAUUAAUAUUAUAAUAAAAUUAUCAAUCAAUUAUUUUAAGAAAUCGUUCUAUAUGAUCAAAACGAAGAAUUUUUGUCAUUUGCCUUUAAAUUCAGUUAAUUUUAUCCAGAAAAAGAUUUUUAGUUAAUUUAGGAAAAGUAUUAUAUAGAUUCAUUUAAUCGAUCAGCCAUUUUAAUGGAUAAUAAUAAUAACAGUAUGUUGGAAUUAAAUACUACACUGUUUAUGAACUUUCAAGAUUUAUAUACUCCUUCUAGCAAUAACAUUUUAAAUCAUAUAUUAGAAUCAGUUAAUGUUUUGUAUCCUCCUGAUAGAUUUAAUAUAAGAACAGCAGAUAAAAAAGGUUGCAUCUACUUUACUAAACCAAUUUAUCUAUCAUAAUUUUAUGUGUUGAGUUACAAUGCUAAUUCAAAAAUUAGAAUUAAUUAUGACAACAAUUUAAUUAAGGUGAUUUCAAUCCCUGUUAAAAAUUAAUGGAUUUUAGUUUUUGGUCCAAAUGGCUACUAAGUCAACAAUAUUACCAUCCCAUAGCAAACUCAUAUUGAUUCACUCGUAAUUCAAGUUUAGAAAUAACCCUAUACAAAAUAAUAAAUUACUGUUUUGGUCGUUUAAAUGAUUAUGGAAAGAUAUUAUGAAUUAAACUCAGAAGAUUUAUUGAAUUUGUUGAAUGAAGAUGAGGAUGAUUGGCAAUCAAAUUAAGAAUAGGAGCGUUCGUUUAAAGAUUAAUUGUAUUAAUAGACAAUAAAAGAGUUUUUGGAAUUUUUAGAAAAAGUUUUGGCUAAAAUUAAUUAGUAAAAAAUCUAAAAUUAAUUUCUAUCAUUAAGUUCAGAAUAAAUAAUAGUUAUAUUAUAAGAUAUUGAAAAAGAGAUAUCAUAAAAUGAAAUCCUGAUAUUUUAAAGUUUGUUUUAAAAUUUUAUUAAUGAGAAGUACUCUGAGAAUGACAUAGUCUUAAUGUACAUAAAAUUAGUUUAAAUAAGUGAAGAAUUAUAAGAUAUUAAUAUAGAUUGA